AUGGAUCACUGGAAGAGAGCCUGCAAUGGAGAACUUUAUGACAACGCUGUCUACAGAUUCGUAGUCAACACUGUCAGCUGGAUAAUCAUUGGGAUCUUACUAGCAGUUAGAAUUAUAACUGCUGAUAGUAGCAAAGGCUUCAGCCUGUUUUAUUAUAUCUACCAGACCUAUCUAUUUGCAAGCUGAAUCCCUUUUAUUUUCUUUAUUAGUGCUCCAAGAUACUGGGUUGCAAUCAUCGAGCGAAACAGACGAGGAAAUGGUGAUGUAGAUUGAGACCCAUUACUAUUUAUCUAUUUCAUUAUCACACUGUUUGGAUACUCAGGAUACCCUGUGUUCUUUUGUUUUAAACAGCAAGAAAGGAAGCACCCAUUUUGCUUUUUAUCUUUCUUUUUUCUUCCUAUUUAUCACGCUUGCUCUGUGCUCGUAUUCCCUAUGAUCUUUGACUCCGACAAUGGGAAUCUCUUAUUUAUUUUUUUUGGGCUGUUAUAUAGCUAUUUGUACUUUAUGUUCACUGCACAGGCUUAUAUGAUGUAUGAUAGAAAAUUGCUAAAGGUUGUCUUUUAUAUCCAUCCGGUACACUGGCUGGUCUUGGUGGUUGGAUUUCCAGUUGUAAUGAUUGUCGAAGCUAUUAUGCACCAGAUAGCCAAUGCGCAUAAUGUCAAACAUCAACAUGUUGUCACUGCGAAUUACAACCACGAUCUUGAAACUCAGAUCCAAAGCAUCGAAAUGAUCAUCAACACCGAUAAAGUUCCUGCUGAACAAAUUCUACAGACUUUCAACGAAAGGUUAGGAGUUGAUGUGCCUGUAGAUGCUCUGCCGAACAAGAGCGAGUUUAAUGACCAAUGUCCGAAAUGCAACAAAGAUGUCCAAGAAGCACAAAUUGUCACAAUAAAUGAAGAAGGCAGGUUUGAACACACAGUUUGCCAAUAAUUCCUUCGUCUGAUGAAAAUUCUGAUACUGA